UUAGCUUGUUGCUAAUAAUCGAACCCAGUUAUUCUAUGUUUUUCUGUCAGCACUCGGCCGAGUUCAGCUUCCCCCCUAACAUCUUAUUUUGUACCCCUUUGCGAAUAGCGUCCACAUAUUUUGACCGUAUGUCAUGUGACAUUAAUUAGUUUAACGUUACGUCAGGCUAACUUUUUCCGAUGGCAGGUCUUGACGAUGCACACCAAACACACUCGUCGAAAACUGUAUCUCCACAUAUGCCAGGUCAACCUGAUGGCGUAAAACCCAGAAAAAGGAAGAGCAAUGCUGAGGUCAAAAACUCCAAAAAGGGUGCUUCAAGAAGAAGAUGUAUCAAAAGUCACAAGACAAACUCGGCAGAAGAUAACACCUCUGUGAUCAGUGGUUUCAGUAAAGCAGAAACACCUCAAGAGAGACUGUCCCGCAUCAGCUGUGAAUGCACUCUGACUGCAGGUCGGAGGAGAUGCCUGGCAUCACCAGAGCUCGAAGGACAGGAAGGCAAAGAGAAUGAGCUCAGGACAGAGCUGGAUAUGGACAGCUGCAGAAUGAACAGUACCUUUGAUAAACAGGAGUUUGAGGACAUGGAAUGUGAAGAUUCUGUCAGAAACAUGUUUCCAGAUGACGACAGUAAUCAGAUUCUUCCUGUGGAGCAGUUCUUUGGAAACCUGGAUAGUGUACAGGACUUUCCUCAGAGAUCAUCUUCCUCUACCCGUGCUCACAGGGAGAACAGGAGAAGACACUACUAUGCACCAGAAGACAGUGAUGAAGAGGAGGCAGACUUCAGCAGAAUGCAGGAAGGAGACAGAGGUGUUCAGUGACAAGGGACUGCACUAAUAACUGUAGUGGACUCUUUGUCUUGCCAAUGGAAGGACAUUAAACUCAUCAUAACCUAGAGAAUAACAGCCAAAUUCAAGUAACCUUUCAAAGUAAGCAUUUCAGUGGGAGUCAGGUUAGCAUGGAUUUGCUGUUGCUAACCAUACUGUGGGUCAGAUAUUGCUUACAGCCAAACCAACAUUUAAAGGAUGUAUUUGCCCUGAAUUUGCUGUUUGUGACUCUCAAUAUGCUUUAGUGAUUUUUUUUGCACUAAAAAAUCAGGUGACAAGUUUGUUGUCCACUUUUACCACAAGUAUUUAAAACAUGACUGUUACUGGUUGAGAGUAAGUCAUUGAUUGGCUACCUAAAUACCAAAAAAAGCUUAGUUGUAUUCAGCCUAUCAAAUGUGGCAUGACGUCCAAAUAAUGAUGUCUAUUGAUAUUUUCCCACAAUGCUGCAGCAAUGGGGUUUAUAUAUCCACCAGUAAGGAACAUGUACUCUGUAUCUACUCACACACAACAGUGUAUAGUGCUUGAUUUGAUAUUUAUAGCUUAAAGUCUGCCCACACCACCCAUGGUUCAGUCAUCUUUAGUCUGACGGUGUGUUGAAAAAAAGCACUUUAUCUAGAGAAAUCCGUCCUCAAAUAUGUAAUACAUCAUCCUAGCACAAUUAUGCAGGCUGAUAUUAGCCUUGAGUGUUGCUGAAAGUGCUAGAUAAAGAUACACCUAUAAAUAAAUAAGGGUAAAAUGCAGAAGUCAUAUGAACACAUAUCUUGUAUAGUAAUGUCAUUUUCUGGUUUUAAACUAUAAACAUAUUUGAAAGGAGGGUAUAGAAGCCAAAAAAAAGUUCCAUAAUGAAAUCUUUUAAUAGCACAAUUUCAGAAUUAAAGAUGAACGAGCCAUUGUUGUAUAAGACUUUUCUCUUCAACACAUCUGUGUGCUCAUUUGUUGGCAGCUGUUUAGAACUCAACUCAUCUGUAUAUUUGCAUACAAAAAAAAUGUUAAAUAAUCUCCCAGAUUUUUCUGUAAAGUUCAUACAAACAUGGCAAAAAUAAAUGAUAAACAUAUAUUCCGAUAACAUGAAUUAAAAAAAGCUUUCAUUUACGUCUUCAGUGUGUGACUAAACUGAUGACAACUCAGAGUAAGUUUGAUUCAGACUUUGAGGUUCAUAAUAAAUGCACUAGUGCUGUUCACAUGUUUGUAUUUUGUACAUAACUGAUUGUUCUGACAAUCCAGUCAAAUGUUUUAUAUAUUUUUACAGCCUUAUUUAUGCAGAAUGCUUUCAUAUUUGUCUAUGCAACUUUGUGCCUCAUACAUGAAGCAGUCAUUGUAUAAUCAGUUCAUGCAGUUUACAUUAUUGUGCCAACAUAAGAACAAAUAAAUGUUUUCCAUGAUUUCAA